AUUCGCUGCCUGGUCGUGCAUAUUAAUGAGCUGGAGGCAGCGGGCAGCUUUAUAAAGCCUGACGGAGACGGAGAGAGACCCCAGCGGCUGACUGGCAGCUCAUCCAAGUGCUCCAGACGCACGGACGGGUUGCGCAACCAGCGACGCAGACUGUCUUUCCUUCACUCUCAUCAUUUUCUCGCCUAGACUUAAAACACAUCGGAUUUUUUGAAAACUUUGUUUCUAAAACUCAUCCCCUCCACCCCCAUUUUUCCAUUUGUGGAGACAUGGGUCGGUGCACAGUGCUCAUUAUUUUGCUGGUGGUGUCCUUUUACGUCUUGAGCGCAGAAGCCUACAAGUGUAGGUGCACCAGAAAAGGACCAAAGAUCAGAUACAAGGAUGUUCAGAAGCUUGAGAUCAAACCCAAACACCCCUUCUGCCAGGAAAGGAUGAUUUUCGUGACAAUGGAGAACGUGUCUCGGUUUAAGGGCCAGGAAUAUUGUCUCCAUCCCAAACUUCAGAGCACCAAGAAUCUGGUUAAAUGGUUCCGGAUUUGGAAGGACAAGCACAGGGUGUAUGAAGCCUAAAACAUGGUCUACGCAGAACACAUGGAUCAAACAAGAUUUUAAAAAAGGACAGGAUCCUCACCAGGACUUUUUUGAUGAAGAACUAAGUUCAUCUGCAGUGAAGUCACACUUCUCCUCCUCUGGCUCAAGUUUACUCAAGAAUGCAGAGUUCUGCCUAAUGUGUACAUAAUCUGGUGGGCUUGUUUUAGUAGGUUUUUAGCUACAUCACUUACUUUUCUUGUCUUUGCAAGUGUAGCUAAUUCUGUGAGGUAGUGGGAGAGACAGCGCCAUCUGUCUGUGAACAGUAGGGCUCAUCUAAAGGGAUUAUUCCCACAAAGCAAUAGAUGAGUUUACUGUCCGCAUUUCGGAGAUUGUGAGGUCAUAGAUGAAAUGCAGUGAUAAAUCAAUGUCCACGUCUUCAGUGGGUUCAACAUACAUGUCGCCGUUGAUCACACAGGUCAUUCACAGCUGUGUGUGUGUUUGACAAUUACAUGUUUUCUAAAGAAAAGCACAAAGUCACACACCCAACUAAAAAUCCUCUCCUGUACCAGCAGAUAAGACGGGUAAUAAGCAGUUCAAGUAAAAGCUGUUACAUCAGAGUAUGCAUGUGUCUUACAGAUGAUAAAAUUCUUUUAACUGCAUUGUUUUUAUAUUUUCCAUAUAUAUAUUUUUUCCAUUAUUUAACAAGCUGAACAGUCUGAUUAAAUGAAAUGACAACAUAAUGGCAACAACACCACACGUCUCUAUACUUUUUGAAACUUUGAUUUUUGAGUUUCAACACAGUUUGUGUUGACAGCUCAGAAAGAAAACUUUAUUUUUUUAAUAGCAAAUCAUUCUGUUGUUAGAAAGUAAAAGCACUGUAGAAUUAAGACGCAGAUGGUUGUGAUAAUAUACGUAUUCCAUCUAUAAGGGAUUUGAUCUGACAAGAAAGGUCACAAUAAUGUCAGCCUAAUGUCUAAUGUUUUUCUCUUUUUUUUUUGCAAAAAUAAUACAUUUGCAGAGAAACAUCUGAUUUGUGACAACUGAGAUCAACACAGAGCUAACUCUCAUUUGAUCAUCUAAUGUAGUUUUCUUUUUGUUUUAAUGCAUUCUUUAUAUUCCACUUAAACAAUGUUUGUGUGUCUGCAUGUACACAUCUGCACAUAUGGUAAAAUUUAAAGCAUUCUUCAUUUUUAUGUUCCAUGGAUGUGUGUAUGAUCAUUUUCGAGUGCAGUGAUAUGUUAAUGACAGUAAGUCGAUAUUUACACUUUAGUGUCAUGGUUACGUCAGUCUCAAUUACGUCAGGUUUUUUUUUUUUUUGAGAUUGAGGAUUUGGAGUCGCCACCAAAAACAAACGUAGAUAUUUCAUCAAGUGUAAAAAUGAUAAACACGGUAAUAAACUGUCUAUAGUGCA